CGACACAACAGAUCCACCCCUACUCGCGCGAUGGCGGAGGCUCGAGGACCAAAACGUCUCACAGACGCGACCACUGGAAACGACGAUGUCACGAGCCAGAAGAUGAGGAAGCUUUUCGACGGCGCGCAGACCAAACAUGAAGCUAUCAAUGAGGACGCUAUUGCUGGGGACGAUAUUGACGACACCGAUGCUCCCAAGAACAACAUCAGCGAGGAUGCUUCCAACACAAUAGCUGACCGCUCUGAUCAGUUGAAGAAGCUUCGACCAAAGUUCCUAGACCUUCCGAGUGAGCUUCGAAACCGGAUAUAUUAUUACGUCUUUAGCGGAAACAUUUGGACCAUUCGUGCCGGCAAAUCUGCAUUCAAGGCCAGAAACGCUCUCGAUCAUCCCUUGGCCCUGCUACAAACCUGUCGCCAGAUCAACAAAGAGACAGCCACGUUACCUUUCGAAGUGGGUACAUUCAGCAUUAAGAGCGUUUGGUUUGCACGUAAAGAAAACAAGCCUAAAGGUUUCGGGUUAAUUAAUUCAGUUCUUGUUCAUGCCGGGUUACUGGUGGAUGAUGAUGACUUCCCACCCGUUAAAAGAGAAGUCCCCAGUCUACUGCAACAAUUUCCUGGUCUAAAGCAUGUCUACAUUAGUGACUUUAGCUGCGUAGCUGCGGGUACGUUGUAUCCCGCGUUCCUGUUCAAAAGAAUGACCAGAUUACCUUAUAAUAUUACGAGGCUUACGGAAGACGAUGAUAUCUUUGAACAUGACGCAGAGUGGUUUAAAAGCCUUAAAAAACGCUACACUCAAAAAAUAGCAUUGGCAUGA